GCGAGCUGGGACCAGUGUCAAACGGAAAGUAAAAUGUCGUUGGUGGUGGCGCUAAUUGCUAUUGUGGUGUCGCUGAUUCUGUUCGCGGCCCGACGACGUCAUGGCUACUGGCAGCGUCGUGGUAUCCCGCACGAUGUGCCUCACCCACUGUUCGGUAACAUUGCGGACUGGCCAAAGAAGCGGCAUAUAGCAGUGAUCUUCAAGGAUUACUAUCGGAAGUACAAGAGUGCGAACUACCCGUUUGCUGGGUUCUACUUCUUUUUUACCAGAAUGGCUGUGUUAACCGACCUGGAUCUGGUGAAGCGUGUGCUCAUCAAAGACUUCAAUCAUUUCGAGAACCGCGGCAUAUUCUACAAUGAGAUUGAUGAUCCCCUCUCGGCGACUGUGUUCAGCAUCGAAGGCCAGAAGUGGCGUCAUCUGAGGCACAAGCUGACGCCCACAUUUACAUCGGGCAAAAUGAAGCACAUGUUCCCCAUUGUGGUGCAGGUGGGUGAGGAGAUGAACAAAAUCUUCAGCAACAGAGUCGGCGAUGGAAAGGUUCUGGAAAUUGUUGAUCUGGUGGCUCGCUACACCGCUGAUGUGAUAGGAAAUUGCGCCUUUGGUCUCAAUUGCAAUAGUCAGCAGAAUCCGGAGGCGGAUUUUGUCUCAUUUGGCAAGCGAGCCAUCACCGAACAUCGUUAUUGGGGUCUUUUGGAUUUCCUUAUUUUCGGCUUUCCGAAGCUUUCGCGUAGCCUCCGCCUCAAGUUGAAUGUGCAGGAAGUUGAGGACUUCUACACAAAAAUUGUGAGAGACACAAUCGACUACCGCUUGAAGACCAAGGAAAAGCGUAAUGACUUCAUGGACAGUCUCAUUGAAAUGUACAAGAAGGAUCAGGAGGGCAACACGGAUGAGGGACUUACCUUCAACGAGCUUCUAGCCCAGGCAUUCAUUUUCUUCGUGGCAGGCUUCGAGACAAGCUCCACAACCAUGGGAUUUGCUCUCUAUGAGCUGGCCCAGAACCAGGACACUCAAAAUAAGCUGCGGAAGGAGAUCAACGAUGUUCUGGCCAAGCACAACAAUGAGUUCACCUACGAGGGCGUCAAGGAAAUGAAAUUCCUAGAGCAGGUGGUAAUGGAAACACUUCGGAAGUUCCCGGUUCUUGCACAUCUAACGCGACAGGCGAAGUCGGAUUUUUCGCCCGAAGAUCCCAAAAAUUUCAUUGCCAAAGGAACUGUUGUCGUCAUCCCCGCUCUGGGUAUUCACUACGAUCCUGAUAUUUACCCCGAGCCCGAGAAAUUCAAGCCAGAGCGCUUCACGGAGGAGGCCAUCGCCUCCAGACCCGCCUGCACCUGGCUGCCCUUCGGUGAGGGUCCACGCAACUGCAUCGGCCUGCGGUUUGGCAUCAUGCAAACCUGUGUGGGCUUGGCUUACCUGAUCAAGGGGUACAAAUUCAGUGUCGCUCCGGAGACACAAAUACCCAUGAAGUUGGUCGUCAAAAAUAUUUUACUCUCCGCCGAAAAUGGAAUCCAUCUUAAAGUCGAAAAGGUUUCCAAAUAAAGCCUAUGGCUGUCAAUAUUUGUAUGAAUUUUUAUGUUAGGUUUUAACCAGAACUCAGCACCCAUAAUAAACCUCAAAAUACUA